CCAAACACAUGAAAUGGAAAGGAAUGGCUUGCGGUAUUGGCAAUGUCGCUCUCCCUCAGUCUCUCUCUCUUUCUGCCUCCAAAAAUUUCCCUCUCUGUUUCGAGCAGUUAAGCUGCCGUAAUCUCACCCACCAGAAACCCAUAAACAAUCAUUAAUCUAUUCCAUUUUUCCUCCAAACCCAUUUCUCGAUUCCUCGAGACCCAUUUGGUUCUUUCUCCAAAUCAUUUUCAGCUCUGUUGAUGCUUUAGUUUAGACCCAACAGUUUCUCUCAUUGUGUCCAUCCACAGAGACUGCUUUACUUUGAUUUCCAUAGGAAAAUGCCGCUUUCUAGGGUUGGGCUUAGGAAUGCAUACGGUUUGAGCCAAACGGAGCUGUGUAGAAAUGUCGAUCGUGAAGACCCCAAGGCGGUUCUCAACGGCGUUGCAGUCUCUGGACUUGUCGGGAUCUUGCGUCAGCUUGGUGAUCUCGCUGAGUUUGCAGCAGAGAUAUUUCAUGGAAUACAGGAGGAAGUUAUGGCUACAGCUUCAAGAAGCAAUCAAUUGAAGAUCAGAUUGCAGCAUAUAGAAGCUACAGUGCCUCCACUAGAAAAAGCGGUGCUUGCACAAACAACUCAUAUUCAUUUUGCGUACACAGGAGGUUUCGAGUGGCAUCCUCGUAUCCCAAAUGAGCAAAAUCACCUAAUUUACGACGACUUGCCUCACUUUAUUAUGGAUCCUUAUGAAGAGUGCAGGGAUCCUCCACGGUUGCACUUGCUUGAUAAAUUUGAUAUAAAUGGUCCUGGAUCUUGCUUGAAGCGAUACUCGGACCCUACUUAUUUCAGAAGAGCAACAAUCAACCUUAUUCAAGGAAACAAGAAGUUCCAGAAUAAUAACAAGAAGUGCAAAAUCAAGAAGAAAAAGUCUUCGUCAAGGAGUCGAGAUAUGGCACGUCUGGCCUCCAUGGCUAACCAGAGUGCCAGGAAGACAUUUACUUCAUUUAGCUUCAGUGGACAAACCGCUUCUUCUAAAACAGCCUCAACCAGUGACAUGGAUAAAGGAUCUGAUCUGCAAGAUCAUCAUUCUCACUCUUUUGACUCCAGGAGUGGUUCAGGCUACAUCGAAUGCUUUUCAACCGCAACCUCUUCACUCAGGACUGGAGAAAAACCGAAAGGGGUAUUCGUUUCGUCCAGCUUGACACCGGGCUCUUGCACCAUCGCUUCAGUCCUUUCUGAAUGUGAAACCGAAGAUGCACAUGAUAAUUACCAGUUUAGUCCAUCGCAAGGGCAAGCUGCUCGUGGCUCUUCUUCUGUUAGUUGGGAUGAGAAAGCGGAGGUAGUGGAAUCUCUUGGUUUGCAGACAGCGGAUGAAGCUUCUGAAAUGGAUACGGACUCUGUUGUGGAUGCAUUAGAUGUGAAAGCAAGCUAUGGAGACGGAACUGGUAGAGUUUAUCUCCAUUCUAAGGACAUUGAAAAUGCUAAAUCAGAAUCAGGACUACAACAAGAUACUGGGGUGGAGAUUGUGGGAGAACCGAGGGAUAAUGAACAUGAGACUGAAAGCGAAGGGGAUUGUUUUGUUGACGCGCUUAAUACUAUUGAAUCCGAAUGUGAAAAUGAUCAAAGGCUCCAAAGUAGUCAAGAAGUAGUGAGCAGUCCCUGUGGUGUUACAGGCGAGAGGUUCGAAACGUCAGCGUGUGAGCAAGAAAUAGAGCAGAAUUCCAACAAUGUCGAAGAUUCUUGUAGAUCAAUGGAUAGGCUUAUGGACUGCGGUUUAGGAAACGACGAGAAAUCUUGCGGUUUAAUGGAAAGGUUGUGGUCUGUAAAUGCACCUGAUGAAAUAAAUCAUCAAGAUCCAAGGGUGAGUUCAGAUAUAACCCGUUCACCACGCAAUGAUCUUUGUACAAGUAACAUUUCCGGUGGAGAAGAUAACACCGCGUUCACAUCUGUUGCAGCACCUGAGAACAGCUUAUCUUCUGAUUCAGCAAACCCCUUGUAUCAUAGUGACCUACAGGAACAUCAAAAACCAGAAGCUGAAAUCUCUCGUGACGUUGAAGCCAUUAAAAUAUGGACUAAUGGGGGUCUCUUGGGACUGAAACCAUCCAAACCUCCAAUCUUGUCAGUGCCAAGCUCUUUAAGCCCGGAUUGCAAGACUGAUGCAGUAGCUGAAUUUGAAGAUGUUGUGAAUUGUUCAAGCUUAGCAACUCCAGGAACCCAAAACCUGGUUAGUUUAGAUGGAAAAUCUAUGAUUGUGGUUGACCAGGGAGAGUGCCACGAGACUUCAUCUGGGGUCUUUGGACUCAGCCACAAGUUACUCACUAAUGGUUUCCGCAGGAGAGAUUCAUUUCCCCAUGAUAGACGACAGGCUGUACCAGAAACCAUUCCAGAGAACGAUGAAGUGACGACAGAGAAGACCAUGUUUCAUGAGCAGUACAUUAAUGAGAAAACUUUGGUGGAUCCCUUUAGAGAUGAAGCUCCUAUUGAUUGGAUUACAUCGUCCCCACCUCUUCAGCACAUGAAAAUAUCUCUCAAUCCCGUUGACACUCUUCAGGCUUCCAGACUAAAGCUGAAAUUUUCAGAUGCGGACAACAGCUAUAACACGUUUUCUUCCUUUCAGUUGCUUCCAGAGGGUGCUUCUUCCCUUCCUGAUUCUUAUUCAGACGACGACACAUUUUGUAGAUCCACUCCUUACAUGUCGGAUGAUACUGAUUAUCUUAGCGAUAAUCACUCCUUGUCGAAUUCUGAGCAGUGGGAAGAAUCCAGUGACAGCCAUGGAAGAAAAGAGCAAGUACUAUAUGAUUCUUUCCAUGAAAGUAGCCAUGUCGAUAUCAAUGGUGAACCUUCUUCUCUAGAGAUUGAAGCAGAAAGGGGUUGUGUGGCCGUAAACCUCUCUUACCUCCAGAACUCUGCUGAGCCUUUACCACCGCCAUUUCCACCUGUGCAAUGGAUGGUUUCUAAGACAACCUCAGAAACAACAUCUGACAACAAAACAACUCAGUCCCUACAACUACAAGACGCUCUCAGGUUUGCCUUUGAGAAGCAUAUUUCAUUGUCUACAGUAAACAAAGAAGAGCCUAAUGUUGUUCCAUCUGCUCCUAAACCAGAAAUUAAGGUCCAUCUGAAGAAUAAUGUCAGGGAGGACAAAGGAAGUGCCAACGAAAAAGAGACUGAAGCUGGAGACUUCUUGCAACAAAUUAGAACACAACAAUUCAACCUGAGACCUGUGGUUAUGACAACGACUUUACCUGCUGCUGCAACAACUGAACCUACAAUAAACACUAAGAUCAGUGCGAUUUUGGAGAAAGCAAACUCAAUACGCCAGGCUGUAGCAAGCAACGAUGGAGAUGAAAGCGAUACAUGGAGCGAUACGUAAAAGCCCUUUUGAUCAAAGAUUCCAAUUCAUCUCUGUCAUUACUUUCUGCAAGCAUUUUUAUUGUAUCAUAUGAUUGUGUUGAUUGUGUAGAUGAUACGUAAAUUUUGUUCGUGCGUGAUCUGUAUCUUCAAGAAAAUAAAGUAGUUCAAAGAAAUUAAAACCAAAAAGUAUUUACCUUUAGGAAAACAUUUACCAAGAAUAUGACAAGGACUUGUAUGUUAACAACGAGCUCUUAGCUACGGAUUAAAUUUUGU